UACCCAAAAUUCACAAAUUUUACCUAAAAAAAACUAAUGAAAACCUCUCUAAAUAUUAAAUCAUUUCAAGUUUAUUGAAUUUGGUAGAUCGUCUUCGUCCACAGGAUCGAGAUGCGUUCGUCAGGGUUGAUGUUUUGGCGGAUCUCGUUUCUUCUGGCGUUAUCAAUCUCACUCUCAGCUUCAUCGGAUGAUCAGUUCACAAUCGACGGAACAGUACUCGAACUCACCGACUCCAACUUCGAAUCCGCGAUUUCCACUUUCGAUUGCGUCUUCGUCGAUUUCUACGCUCCUUGGUGUGGUCACUGCAAGCGUCUUAACCCUGAGUUAGAUGCAGCUGCUCCUAUUCUUGCUAAAUUGAAGCAGCCUAUCGUCAUUGCAAAGCUUAACGCUGACAAAUACUCUCGUCUCGCACGCAAGCUUGAGAUCGAUGCAUUCCCCACCCUCAUGCUCUAUAACCAUGGAGUGCCGAUGGAGUAUUACGGACCCAGGAAGGCUGAGUUACUCGUCCGUUACUUGAAGAAGUUUGUUGCUCCAGAUGUUGCCGUUCUUGAAUCAGACUCACACGUCAAGGAAUUCGUCGAAGACGCCGGGACUGCCUUCCCUGUGUUCAUCGGCUUCGGGUUGAACGAGUCUUUGGUAUCUGGACUAGGUAGAAAGUACAAGAAAAAGGCGUGGUUUGCUGUCGCAAAGGAUGCCUCAGAGGAUGUAAUGGUUGCCUAUGAUUUCGAUAGGGCUCCUGCGUUAGUUGCUCAACAUCCUGCGUACAAUGAGCAUAGUGUCUUCUACGGUCCUUUUGAAGAUGGUUUCUUGGAAGAGUUUGUGAAACAAAAUUUCAUUCCUUUGAUUCUGCCAAUUAACCAUAACACCCUGAAGCUGCUGAAAGACGAUGAGAGAAAGAUGGUGUUGACAAUUGUGGAAGAUGAGACUCAUGAAAGCAUGGGAAAACUGGUCAAGGCACUGAGAGCAGCUGCUCAUGCCAACCGCGACCUUGUUUUCGGUUACGUCGGUGUGGAGCAGUUUGAAGAGUUUGCAGACUCGUUUCAUGCAGACAAGAAGGCAGAGCUGCCUAAGAUUGUUGUGUGGGACGGAGAUGAGGAGUAUGAGCAGGUGAACGUCGUAGAGACGAUUAGCCACGAGGAAGAUCAUUUGACUCAAGUCUCCCGGUUUCUGGAGGGAUACAGAGAAGGAAAAACAGAGAAGAAGAGAAUCAAAGGACCAUCUUUGAUGGGAUUUAUUAACUCGAUGAUCGGGGUUAGGUCCGUGUACAUCAUUGUGUUCUUGGUUGCUGUAAUUAUGAUGCUACGGAGCCUCGGUCAAGUUGAGGAGCCUGCUCGGGUCAGGACCGCUGCAUCCGAUGGUCAGGCCACUGGUGUCCUUGAAGGUGAAACCAGUGAGCAUAAGCCCAGAGACAAAGAAGACUAGUUUUUGGUAGACUUCAGUGUGUUAUAUGUUUUUCCUUUUUAUUAAGGCUCUUCAGCCAGAAGCCAACUUAACAGUUAUUUAUCUUCGUCUUUAUUUUAUAUGGAGCAUUUUGAUUUUUCACACAA